AUGUCGAAUCUCAAAGGCCACCUCGGCAUCAAGGACGAUGCCGGCACCGGAGGCCACCUCGGCACCAAGGACGAUGCCGGCACCGGCUACCAGGGCAACUUUGGGUUCGCCUACCCCCCCGUUCCCGGACGCCGAGAGGCACGCAGGCUUGCUCACGUUGCCGCAGAGCGGGCCGAGGCCGAGGCCGGGUUCGUCCUUCUUGUCGAGUCCCUGAAUCGGGUUGGCCUCACCACCGAGGUUCGCGGCGGCGACGAGGACUCCCUCCUCGUCUUCGUCAAGAUCGCCUCCCGAGACCUCCUCGCCAAGCAGGUCUAUCGCGCGAGGUUGCAGGAUUGGCUCUGCGGCGUCCGAACCUCGGGCCCCGAGGUGGACAUUUCUCGCUCCCUGCAAGAGGAACCGGUGACCGAGGCCGAACGGCUGAGGCUGGUCCACCAGCUCAUCUCGCGGCCGCUGAACGAGGGAGGCGCCGGCGUCAGCGAGACGAGCGACAAGUGGAAGCACGUCGCCGCCAUCUUCCCCCUCCGCGACCAGCCGUUCAACAAGGCAUGGAUCCAAAAGUGGAGCAAAAAGUACCUGCUGGACCAGGAAGACAUUGACGAGAUACGAAACAAGUUUGGCGAGAACGUCGCCUUUUACUUUGCCUUUCUGCGAAGCUACUUCUUCUUCCUCGUCAUCCCCUCGGCCCUGGGCCUCACCGCCUGGCUGCUGCUCGGCCAGUUUUCCUUCCUCUACACCCUCGGCUGCGGCCUCUGGUCCGUCGUCUUCUUCGAGUACUGGAAGCAGAAGGAGGUCGACCUCGCCGUCCAGUGGGGCGUCCGCGGCGUCUCCUCCAUCCAGCAGCCGCGGCCCGAGUUCAAGUGGGAGUUUGAAGUCGAGGAUGCCGUGACGGGCGAGCCGAGAAAGGUGUACCCUCACACCAAGCGGCUUCGGAUCCAGCUCCUGCAGAUUCCCUUUGCCUCGGCCUGCGUUCUCGCCCUCGGCGGGCUCGUCGUCAUCUGCAACUCGCUCGAGAUUUUCAUCAACGAAGUCUACACCGGCCCCUUCAAGCAGUAUCUCGCUUUCCUGCCCACCAUCCUCCUCGUCGUCUUCACCCCGACCUUUUCCGCCGUCCUCACCAAGGCGGCCAAUGCGCUGACGGACAAGGAGAAUUACGAGACGGUCGAUGCCUACAAAGCGGCCCUCGUGCAGAAGCAAUUCUUCCUCAACUUCAUGACGUCGUACAUGGCCCUCUUCUUCACCGCCUUUGUCUACCUCCCCUUUGGCCACAUCCUCCUGCCGCUCCUCAACUUCUGGAAGCAGGCGGCCGAGGUGGUGACGUUUAGCGAAAAGGCACUGCCGACCAAGGAAUUCCAGAUCAACGCUCGGCGCAUCAGCGGCCAGAUGUUCUACCUCACCGUCACGGCGCAAAUCGUCAACUUUGCCACCGAGGUCAUCGUGCCCUACGUCACGCGCAAGGCCUCGUCCAAGGCCAAGGAGUUUCAGGCCAAGAAGACGCCGCGGGUGCAGGACGCCGCCGAGGAGGCCGAGUUCCUGAAGCGAGUCCGAGACGAGUGCGAGCUGGAGGUGUACGACGUGACGGGAGACUAUCGAGAGAUGGUGAUGCAGUACGGCUACCUUUCCCUCUUUUCCGUCGCCUGGCCCCUCGCGGCUUGCUGCUUCCUCGUCAACAACUGGGUCGAGCUGAGGUCGGACGCGUUGAAGAUUGCCAUCAGCUGCAAGCGGCCGAUUCCGUGGCGGUCCGACUCCAUCGGGCCCUGGCUUCCCGCCAUCGGCUUUCUCUCCUGGCUCGGCAGCAUCACGAGCUCGGCCGUCGUCUACCUCUGCAGCGGCUCCCAGGGCGGCGACCGACCGGCCCUCUCUCAUCUCACCGCCUGGGGUCUGCUUCUCAACAUCAUGAUGGCGGAGCAUUUCUACCUGCUCGUCCAGCUCGCCGUGCGCUCCGUCAUGAGCAAGAUGGAGAGCCCCGGCCUGCAGAGGGAGCGCAGGGAACGGUACCUGAUGAAGAAGCGGCUGCUGCAGAAGAACCUCGACGGCGACGGCGGCGAGAGCAUGUUGGCGGCCGGCGUCUCAUCGACGGACAAGUUGAUGCCGGCGGCUCUCGACGACGACGCUCGGCAGGCGUCCAUUCAAGGCCACGGUUCGGCCGAGGAAUCGUGCGUCUCUGACGGCUCAAGCACGAAUGCGCUGAUGGCUGACCGUCCUGGCAGGUUCUGGCGUCGGCAGCGAGGCGCGCAAGAUACGAUCGAGACGGGACGCAGGCUCAUGCAGCAGGGCGCGGCCGAGGCCCCUCGGAAGCAAGCUGCUGCUGCGCCGAGUCCGAGGGCGUGA